AUGUCGGGUGUGUGGCUAUUUAAUAGCGGGGUGAUGAAGUUGGAGAAUCCUGAAGAACGACAACCAAGUAAGGAUAGGAGAAAGAAAUCUUCAACAAUGUCAUGUAACAAGACUGGUAAGAUGAAGGAAUUGGUGCACAUUCCGACUGGACAACCGGUGAAGUCUUACUUAUUCCUCGAGCAAAUACUAAGUGGUCUCGGUUGGGAGAGAUAUUAUGGUGGUGAUGGUGAUCUCGUUCAAUUCCACAAAUAUGAUUCAAUUGAUCUUAUAUCCCUUCCUAGGGACUUUACAAGGUUCAACUCUAUACACAUGUAUGACAUUGUUGUUAAAACUCAUAACGUCUUUUGUGUUCGUGAUAACUAG